AUUUGUAAGAAUACCCCAGGUGAGAUCCACGUUUACCUUUACUGCAGUUUUCAAUGAUGCCUGUUCUACCUCAAAAGAGUGCAAGGGCCAGCAAGUGAAAGGACAAGGUGACUCUGGCACCUCAGAAUUUCAUGGUAUGAAAGCAGUGGUAGUUGACACAAGACCUGUCCGUGCCAAUGUAUGAAAGUAUCAUAUCCAGAAGCUUGGUAUUCAUGUUGAGGUAGUUGCAGACUUGAACCAGUGCUUCCACACCAUACAAAGUGGGAAUUGCAGAAUAGAUAUGGUGCUCUUGGAAUGGGAAAUUUGGGACAAGGACUCUGGUUUGUCAGCAAUCUUUCUGGAUAAAUUGAGGGACAUGAAGCCACGGGUGUCUCCACGGUUGUUUCUUCUAUCUAAUUCUAUCAGCUCUAGUGGGAUGAGUGGUGCAACUACAGAUGCUACUGGUCCAUCCGUGAUCAUGAAGCCUCUAAGGGCUAGUAUGCUGGUGGCGUCUUUACAGCGCGUCAUGGGAGUUGGAAACCGAAUAAGUUGCUCCAAUGAGGAGUCUCCGAGUCUGUCUCUCCGCAACCUUCUCUGUGGCCGAAAAGUCCUAGUCGUGGAUGACAACAAAGUAAAUCUCAGAGUGGCCGAGGGAGCUUUGAGGAAAUAUGGAGCUGAUGUGGUUUGUACGGACAGUGGGGAAAAAGCAAUUGCUUUGCUCAGACCACUGCAUGAUUUUGAUGCCUGCUUCAUGGAUAUCCAGAUGCCAGGAAUGGAUGGGUGGUGAUAAUGGAUACGUGCAUCUAAUGGUUCUAUAAUUCCUUUGAUCAUAUUUGAAGCUACAAAA